UGAAGACAUUAAACAUACGAUUGCGACAAUAUAUGGUUUAUUUGUGUUUUUCAUAUCAUCUCCAGCUCGUGAAAAUGGAGUCUUUGUCUGCAGCAAACACACAGUUCUGUUUAAACCUGUUCAAGAAGAUCAGUGAAGGAGACGCAUCAGGAAAUGUGUUCUACUCUCCGAUCAGCAUCUCCUCGGCUCUGGCCAUGGUGUCGCUCGGAGCAAAAGGAAACACAGCAGCGCAGAUGUUUAAGGUCCUGAGUUUUACCAAUCCUCCCAAACCUGACGGAGCGACUCCAGCAUCUCAUCAACAAGCUCAGAAGCCCCAGAUUGCCUGCGGUGUCAAGGAUCAACAUGGACCGUCAAUGACACAACAAUCCCAAAAGUUUGAGAAAUGUUCUGCGCAGCCGGCCCCUGGACAAAAGACUGAGGACCAAAUUCAUUCCAGCUUCAACAAGCUCAUGAGUGAACUGAAGAAACCAGGAGCCCCGUAUGUGUUGAGUCUCGCCAACCGUCUCUACGGAGAGCAGUCACACAAGUUUGUGGAGAAAUUCCUGAAUGAUGCAAAAAGAUACUAUGAAGCUGAACUGGAGGAGGUGGACUUCAAGAAGAAACCAGACGCUUCACGUGUCGACAUCAACAAAUGGGUGGAGAAAAACACUCAAGGGAAGAUCAAGGAUUUGCUUCCAGAGAGAUCCAUCGAUGCGUUGACGAGACUGGUCUUGGUGAAUGCCAUCUACUUCAAGGGGAACUGGAUGGAGAAAUUCCCAAAAGAAGCCACCAGAGAUGGACAGUUUAAGCUGAACAAGACUCAAACUAAACCAGUGAAGAUGAUGAAUCAAAUGACAGAGUUUCCUCUGGCCUUCAUCCCAGAGAUGGACAGUCAGGUUCUGGAGCUGCCGUAUGUUGGGAAGAAUCUCAGUAUGUUGAUCAUCCUUCCUAACGAGAUUCAAGAUGAAACCACUGGCCUUCAGAAGCUUGAAAGGGCACUGACCUACGAGAAGCUGAUGGAGUGGACGAGACCUGAAGUCAUGUAUGAAACAAAAGUUGAAGUAUCUCUGCCCAGAUUCAAGAUGGAGGAAACCUAUGACAUGAAGAGUCUUCUGAUCAGCAUGGGAAUGGAGGAUGUGUUUGACGGGAAGAAGGUGAAUCUUUCAGGCAUGUCACCCAACAAUGAUCUGGUGGUUUCGGAGGUGAUUCAUAAAGCCUUUGUUGAAGUAAACGAGGAAGGAACUGAAGCAGCUGCGGCCACCGGCGUCGCCAUGAACAGCUUGGGUGUGAGGAUCCCGCAGGUCUUUAAUGCAGAUCAUCCGUUCCUCUUCUUCAUCCGACACAAUCCAACCAAGAGCAUUCUGUUUUGCGGACGCUUCUGCUCUCCGUGAUCCAGUCCUGCUGCUUGAGACCCUUGCAGCUGGUUUAGUUGGUGAUCUGGUUAGAACCAGUAGAGGAGACUCUGGACAACUGCUACUAAUUGUCAUCUUUACUUAUAUGUGCCAACAGUAUCAGAACCUGUUGCAGUUUACAUGAGACAGACUUACAUUAAAUGAAUACUAAAAAACUGUUUUCAGUUUUGUGUGGUAAUUGUUUUGCUUCAGUCUCAAGUGGGACCUGCAUUAUACUUAUUUGAAAUGCAUUAAAUACUUUGUACUGAUCAUUUUAUAGCAGGGAUAUUAUCAGUAACUAAGACUAAAAGAAGACCAUUUUCCUUAUUGGAAAUAAAAUAAACAAGAACUGAAGUUAAAUUAAAUAUAAAAACAUCUUUUUUUUUUCAGCUUGUGCCAAGGCAACAUUUCUCAUUUUUGUUUAGUUAGUUAAGGUGAAGUAAUAAAUUAGACAUGAAAUGACAAAAACACAAAAUGACAAAAACUUUCAAUUGAGCAUUACAAGUUCAAUUCACUAAACACAAUACAACAGCUAUUGCUAUAAUCA